CUUGAUUGAACAGCUGCCCGAGAUUCAUUAUCACCUGCUCAGCUUACUGCUCUACACACUGGCGAGAGUUCGGAACGGUCCCGCGACUAGAAUGGACGUAGAGUCGUUAAGUCGUGUCUGGGGCAUUAAUCUUAUCGAACGACCUGGAGUUCCGCCAAGUCACGAAGAUGCCGUCCUGGCUAAUCAGAUAGCUGCCUGUCUGAUUGGACCUAUUACGGAGACCUUCAUCACCGGAUACUGGAACAACCGAUCACAUGUUUUGCCGAACUCACCUCCUGUCUCCUCACCCUCUAACACCAACAGCACUGUAACCGCCUCACUUUCCAACUCACGAGAAAGCAUGUCAAAUAGCCAAACUUCGUCCGGCCAACAAAACCAUCGCAGUUCACAGCAAAAGGAAUCUUCAGAAAAACCACUUUUCCGA